ACACUAAAGGAUUUCCUUUAAGCCUUUUGCUUCUGUGGAUCUCCCUAAAAUCUAAAUCCACUUGUUAGGGAAUUCCUAUUUUAACUGACUAAGCAGGUCUGAUUCAUUAAUUUCGUUGCUGGAAGAAUUUCUAAUUCCCAUCAGAGAGCCGAAUUGUGAUUGGCUGCGAAGGUCGUCUCCUGGAUGCUGAUUGGUUGCUUCUUGUUUCCGGGGCUCCUAUGUGUUCACCCUGACGUUUCUCGGUCUGCCCCGAAACAGACUGGAGAGAAUGGCUGCCAGUGGAGAGGUAGGGAAGCUGUUACAAGUACAAAAUGGGACACCUCCUACCACCAACUUCAAUGGGGUAGAUGCUGUGCACGCCUGCAACAUUCUUCAGCAGCUCAAAGCCUUAUAUGAUGAAGCACAGCUCACAGAUAUCGUUGUGGAAGUGGACCAUGGCAAGACUUUCUCGUGCCACCGAAAUGUUCUUGCCGCAAUCAGCCCAUAUUUUAGGUCCAUGUUCACCAGUGGCCUUACAGAGAGCAGUCGACGUGAAGUCAAAAUUGUUGGGGUGGAAUCGGAAUCCAUGCACCUUGUUCUAGACUAUGCCUACACAUCCAGAGUCACGCUCUCUGAGUCCAACGUCCAAGCCCUGUUCACUGCAGCCAGCAUUUUCCAGAUCCCCGCUUUGCAGGAUCAAUGUGCCCAGUUCAUGGUCAGCAGGCUCGACCCUCAGAACUGCAUAGGAGUCUUCAUGUUUGCCGAUGCGUACGGGCAUCAGGAACUGAGGGAACGUUCGCAAGAUUACAUUCGCAAGAAGUUCUUGUGUGUAUCGAGGGAGCAAGAAUUCCUCCAGAUGACCAGGGAGCAACUGGUCAGCAUCUUGAACAGUGAUGACCUUAAUGUGGAGAAAGAGGAGCACGUUUUUGAGAGCAUCGUCCGCUGGCUGGAACACGAUCGACCAGGACGCGAAGUCUACCUUGCUGAGGUUUUCUCUGAGUGCAUCCGUUUGCCCUUGCUGGAUGAGGCCUUUCUCAGUCGGAUACCCCCCACCUUUGCUUGCGCCCUGGCCUUGUCGAAAGAUCCCAGUGAGGCCAAAGCCCGUCUCACGGGAACAAAUGGUUGCCCGCAACGUCUGGGCAUGACUGCUUCCGAGAUGGUCAUCUGCUUUGACGCUGCCCACAAACACUCAGGUAAGAAGCAGACGGUCCCUUGCCUGGACACAGUCACAGGUCGGGUGUUCAAGCUCUGCAAGCCCCCCAACGAUCUCCGCGAGGUUGGCAUCUUAGUAUCGUCAGAGAAUGACAUUUACAUUGCUGGUGGAUACCGGCCGAGCAACAGUGAGGUGUCCAUUGACCAUCGAGCAGAGAGCGACUUCUGGCAGUACGAGCACGCAGGCAACCGCUGGCUCCCACGAGCACCUCUGCUGAGAGCGAGAAUAGGCUGCAGACUCGUGCACUGCUGUGGAAAGCUCUACGCUUUGGGAGGCCGAGUGUACGAAGGUGACGGGCGAAAUGCGCUCAAAUCGGUGGAGUGCUACGACACCAGGGACAACUGUUGGACAGCAGUCAGUCCUAUGCCAGUGGCCAUGGAGUUUCACAGUGCUGUAGAGUACAAAGACCGCAUCUAUGUCCUCCAAGGUGAAUAUUUCUUCUGCUUUGAUCCCCGUAAGGACUAUUGGAGUCAUCUGGCUCCAAUGACCGUCCCUCGGAGUCAAGGUCUGGCUGCCUUGCAUAAGAACUGCAUCUACUACAUCGCCGGCAUCUGCAGGAACCACCAGCGCACCUUCACAGUGGAGGUCUACGACAUAGAGACCAACACGUGGAGCCGGCGGAGAGAUCUGCCCUUCGACCACGCCACCAGCCCAUACAUCAAGGCCAUGCUGUUGCAGGGCAGGCUCCACCUGUUCGUGCGUGCCACGCAGGUCAUGGUGGAGGAGCACGUGUUCCGCACCAGCCGCAAGAACUCCCUUUACCAGUACGACGAUGAGGCAGACGCGUGGGCCAAAGUCUAUGAGACGCCCGACCGCCUCUGGGAUUUGGGUCGCCAUUUUGAAUGUGCGGUGGCCAAACUUUACCCCCAGUGUCUCCAGAAAGUGCUUUGAAAGGAGUUGGUUUCUGUGAACCCAAUCUACUUCAGUGGAGGGAGUUGCGUGGUUCUGCCCGCCUUGUGCCUGUCAUUGCCUUUGGGUGCGCACCAUACGGACCGUCUCAUUCGUUCAAACUUUUUGAUUAUUCGCGUGAUCAAAACCGAGGGUGCUUUUCAAGAAUGCAGUAUUUUUUUUUUCUUGUUUUGUUUUCCUGACAGCACCAACUACCCACACUGAGACUUGUUUGACAGAACUGUACAACAGAUCAUAAGUGCAAUUAUCCUAUUUUUUUGCUUGUUGUUGAGCCAUCUUCUAUUUUUGUUUGAGAUACAUAAAUAGGUAUGGAUUUUUACAAAUCUUAGGCAUGCAAAUAAGGGUGAUGGCCAGUUUACAUGCCCCCUGGAGAUAUGGAUGCUAUGUGUCAGCUAAAUUGAUAUUCUCUCUAUAUAAAUAACUAUAUAAACUAUAUAUUCAUACGGGUAAGAUGAGUACCAUAGCUCAUUAGUAGGUUGCUAGCUCUGAGGUUUUUUUUAAUUUUAUUUUGGUGUGUGUCCAUGUUUGUCUUUGGCUUCUUUUCUAGUUUUAAUAAGUGUGUGAUUAUACAUUAUCGUAGUCUUUCAAAAAGUUAGAAGCAUGUAUAUUUUUAUUGCCCUCUCUUCCUUCACAGGUCAGUGUGUCAAAACAUACACUAAAUGUGGCUUCAGAGCUAUUUUUUUUCUAUUUUAAGUUUUGAGAUUCCAGUUGAAUGGGGCUCCCUCUCUUUUGAGCGGGUUUUUGUGUGACAUUGCAGAGAAAGCUUAAUUGAAAUCUUGGAAUUUUCGCUCUCCACAUUGGAGAAAAUGAGACAGUCAAAUUUCUGCUAACACUAAGUGGCAAGUUCAGACCAACUAACAGGUUUACCUCAGAAACUUUUGAUCGACAAGGAGAAAAGGGAUGUUUAUUUUAUUAUUUUAUUUUUUAAAGGCUGAAAACGCAGCUUUGUGAAAUGCUUCGUUCAGCAUAGAUGCUCCUUUUGCAUCAGACUAACAUUAAAACAAACAUUUGAGGUCUUGUUUUUGGUUGUUGUGGACAUUAAAGUGGAUUGUGUGGUAGCAAUAAAUCAAGGAACUGUGA